UGUUCUGCGUUUCGCGCCAGACCAAUAGGUGGCACAGUUGCCGCUUUGUUUUGAUCUUGAUAGCGACAUGUUUUGCUGAAAUUGUUUUUUUAUGUGUUUUGUAGUUUUGUUCGUACAUUUCUGUGUUUGAUUGAAGUUUGGUAAAGAUGGACACGGACGAGGAGGAUGAAAAUGACUGGGAUCGCAGCUUAGAGUCCGACAUGCUGGAGACAGGUCUCACUGAAAGAGUAACAGCCGUGUCUCAGAGAGUCAUCUUGCACUUUGAUAUGGACUGUUUCUAUGCACAAGUUGAGAUGAUCCGAAAUCCAGCCCUUCGAAACAAACCUCUGGGCAUACAGCAGAAAUACAUUAUUGUGACUUGUAAUUACGUGGCAAGAGAGCAAGGUGUGACAAAGCUGAUGGCUGUUACUGAUGCAGUGGAGAAAUGCCCUCAGCUAGUGCUGGUGAAAGGAGAAGAUCUCACCCAUUACAGAGAGAUGUCCUAUAAAGUCACAGACCUUCUGAUGUCAUACUGCUCGAUGGUGGAGAGGCUUGGCUUUGAUGAAAACUUCAUGGACGUGACAGAAAUUGUAGAGAAAAGACGGCAGGAGAUCCAUGUUUCAGGUCUUACUUUCAGCGGUCACAUUUACAAACAUGAGUCCUCAGAUGUGGCGGUCGAUGAGGAGAACUGCAGGUUGGUUAUCGGCUCUAUGAUAGCAGCUGAGCUGAGACGAGCCAUUUUCAACACGUUGGGGCUAACUGGCUGCGCUGGCAUCGCAAACAACAAACUCCUGGCCAAGCUGGUAUCAGGCACGUUUAAACCCAACCAGCAGACAACGCUUCUGCCAUACAGCACUGCUGAGCUCAUGAGCAGCCUGACAGGACUGCGUAGAGUGCCUGGAAUCGGGUACAGAACAGGUGAGAAGUUGAAGACUAUGGGUCUGGUCAGUGUGAGGGAUCUGCAGUUAUACCCUCUGCAUGAGUUGGUCAAGGAGUUUGGGGAAGUGAACGCUAAAAGGAUUCAGAAUCUGGCCUGUGGCAUGGAUGACUCUCCAAUCACUCCUGCAGGUCCUCCUCAGUCUCUCAGCGAUGAGGACUCAUUCAAGAAAAUUUCCACGCCAACAGAAGUUACACGUAAAAUUGAGGAACUACUCACCAGCCUUACUGAGAGGAUGUACAAAGACGGCAGGCAACCAAACACGUUCAGACUGACUAUUCGCAAAUACAUGGCCACCAACCGCUGGUUCAAUCGAGAGAGCAGGCAGUGCCCUAUACCCAACCAGACCGGCCUCAAGAUCACAUGCGGAAGCAGUGAUGCUGUGCCACAGUUGCUUUCAAUGGGAGUGAAACUCUUUCAUAAAAUGGUGGACGCACGUGAGCCGUUCCAUCUCACCCUGCUGAACGUUUGCUUCAGUAACCUGCAGGCCAAGUCCUCCAGCAGAUCUUCCAUCAUCUCUUUCUUCACACAGAAAUCUCCCACCACACAAACAGCAUCUCAGCUGCAGGCGGAACCGGAUCUCGAAGAACCGGCUGGAAGUUCUCAGUUCACCCAGGCAGAUGUUUUACCAAAAGAAAAGAAAGUAUGGAACAGCAUGUUAAAAUACACAGCAACAUCCCAAACCCAAGAAUCAAAAAAAUGUACCCCAGAACCUUCCACACCUCCCCAGGUGGUUUGUGAUGAGCAGUUACAUGUUACCCGCAGAAAAUCACAGGAUUCUUCUUGUAUGAUCAAUGUUUCGAAAGAGGAAGUGUGUUGCAAACUGCCUCCAACUGUAGAUCCAGAAGUCUUCAAACUCCUACCUGAACACAUUCAGAAGGAGCUGAUUUCUAGUUUUCAAAAUGAAAACUCACCACAACCAAAUUAUGGACCAGCCGACCCAUUUUUCAAACAUGCUGGCCAAACAGAUCCCAGAAGUUCUACUUCUCAUUAUUGUGGACUCAGCGAGACGUUUUCUUCACCUCAGUUCACAGGGAAAUUACAUGUUGAGCCCGGCAAAGCCACUGAAAGCUGUAGUAUCCCACCUGCCCCUCAAGCACCUCAGUCAGAUGCUCCUCCGAACGUGGACCCUUAUGUGUUCUCUCAACUUCCUGCUGAUGUUCAGAGAGAGUUACUGACAGAAUGGAGACAGCAGAAGCCUGUUCUAAAAAUCCCUUCAAAGCAGUCACACAAAAGCUCCAGAGACAAGAGGACUGUUGCUAAAAGCGGACAAAGUAACAAUAUAAUGAAAUAUUUCAAACCCAACUAAAGACACCUUGAACAAACACUUAGAGUCCCUGCCAAUGGCGUUUUGAAAAGGGUGUAAGAUACAUAAAUAAAUAUUGCUUUGAUAUUAUUUUAAUCAUUGCACUUUGAAAAUAAACCUAAUAUGUGUUCUUUAAACAUGGCUGAAAUUUUGAUUUUAUAGUUUUGUAUUUGAUCAAUACAAUAGUUAUUUUUAGUAAUGUUCACUUUUUUAGGUUGAAGUUGUAAGGAAAACAGUAUUUCAUGUAGUAAAUGUUAGUAAAGUUCUUUGUAUUUUGUUACAGGAAAAUAAAAUUGCUGAUGCUGUACA